ACAAAGUAAAAGUUAAGGAAUCAGAUAGGCAACAGGAAUCUGUACCCACAGUUUCAAAAGACUAUCAAGACCCCCAGAAAACAGUGCCCAUAAUAUUCCUAUGUAUACAACGCCGUCUACUGUCCGCAACCAGUAUUACUCACCUGCCCAAUAUCAUUCUAAUGACACUAAUGAACUUGCUAAAUAUCUAGUAAGGAGCCAGUUGUUAACGUCUGAGCUCACAAAGUUUGAUGACAAACCAGAAAAUUAUUUAGCUUGGAAAUCAUCAUUCAUUAACGCUACCGAGAGUCUUGAUCUUAAAGCUGGGGAAGAAAUUGACCUCCUGAUUAAAUCACUAGGCCCAGAGUCAGUUAAACAUGCACGUCGUAUCAGAGCAGUGAAUAUAAAUAAAUCACCAGCUGCAUUACAACUCAUCUGGGACAGGCUAGAAGAGACCUAUGGUUCGCCAGAGGCCAUAGAGGGCGCUCUUUUUGCAAAACUUGACCAGUUCCCCAAAAUAGGGCCAAAAGAUCACCUAAAACUAAGAGAGCUAAGCGAUUUACUGUUGGAAAUCAAUUCAGCAAUGCAAGAAGGAUAUUUACAUGGACUGUCCUAUCUUGAUACGGCAAGAGGCAUCGCUCCAAUCGUGGAAAAAUUGCCGUAUGGACUACAAGACAGAUGGAUGAUGGAAGGCUCACGCUACAAACAGGAAUAUAAAGUAAUUUUUCCUCCUUUUACCUUCUUUCUGCAGUUUAUUCAGACACAAGCAAAGGCACGCAACGACCCAAGCUUCCAUAUCCAGCCAUCAGUCAUCAGCGGAGUAAAAAAGGACAGAUUUGGAGAAAAUUACAGUAACAACCGCAGAACAGUUUCAGUGCAUAAAACAAGCGUAACAGCCACACCCACUAAUGAACCAGACAAAUGGUGUCCUGUAUAUAACAAACCUCAUGCACUACAACAUUGUAGAGGUUUUAAGGAAAAACCUCUACAAGAAAGGAAGAGACUGUUAAAGCAACAUAAUAUAUGUUACAAGUGCUGUGCAUCUACCAGACAUGUGGCUCGUAACUGUGAAGCAGCAGUUAAAUGUUCUGAAUGUGACUCUGACAAGCACCCUUAUGCCUUGCAUCCAGACUCACCUUCCCUUCCUCUCAGGUCUUCCUUACCUCCAGCAUAUCACGGCGGGGAGCAAGAAGAUGGGCAGGAGGAAACAGUCGUUGCAAGUUGCACUGAGGUAUGUGGGGAGGGCUUUUUAGGAAAGUCAUGUUCUAAAAUAUGCCUGGUCAGUGUUUACCCAGCUAAUGACCGCAGCAAGAACAAAAGAAUGUACGCCAUGUUGGACGACCAGAGUAACUUGUCAUUGGCACGCUCUGAGUUUUUCGAUAUGUUCAAAGUUAACAGCCUUGCAGCGCCAUACACUCUGCAGACCUGUUCUGGUGUAGGUCUCACAGCUGGUCGCAGAGCCUCUGGUUACGUCAUAGAGUCCAUAGAUGGCGCCACUGCAAUACAGCUACCAAUGUUGAUCGAGUGUAACAUGAUACCAAACAAAAGAGAGGAAAUUCUCACUCCAGCCGCUGCACAAGGUCAUCCUCAUCUCGAACGUAUUGCACACAAAAUACCACCUCUAGAUGACAGUGCUGAGAUUUUUCUAUUACUCGGAAGAGACAUUCUAAGAGUCCAUAAAGUGCGCAGUCAAAUCAAUGGAACACACAAUGCACCAUAUGCACAGAGGCUGGAUCUAGGCUGGGUGAUAGUGGGAGAAGUUUGCUUGGGCAGCACUCAUAAGCCUUCAGAGGUCACCAGUUUAAAGACUCACGUUCUGGCAAAUGGGAGGCCCACUCAUUUUCCUCCUUGUGAAAAUCACUUCACUAUCAAAUCAGAGACUAAUCUUCCAGAUCGACAGCUAACUCUCAGUAGCACAAAAAUGAAAGAAAAUGCAAGCAACGUAAGCUUUGGAAGAGAUGUUUUCUGUCAGACUAAAAAUGACAACAAGCUUGCACCUUCGAUGGAGGAUCUGUUAUUCCUCAAAAUUAUGGACAAUGAGUUCACACAAAAUGAGUCAAAGAGCUGGGUGGCCCCACUACCUUUUCGUGAGCCAAGGAAAAUACUACCAAACAACCGCCAGUAUGCAGUUAGUCGCCUCAAGUCACUGCAACGCACACUCAUAAAAAACCCAGAAAUGCAGUCCCACCUCACAGACUUUAUGCAAAAGAUGAUGGACAAUGGACAUGCUGAGCUUGCACCCCCAGUACAGAAAAACAAAGAGUAUUGGUAUUUGCCCUUUUUCGGAGUCUACCAUGCACAGAAAAAAUCGCAGAUAAGAGUGGUAUUUGACUCCAGCGCACAGUUUGAAGGUAUGUCACUUAAUGAUGCCUUACUCUCAGGGCCUAACCUAAACAACAGUCUAUUGGGUGUACUAGUGAGGUUUAGGAAGCAUAAAGUUGCAAUAACCGCAGACAUUCAGCGGAUGUUUUACUGCUUUCUAGUAAGAGAGGACUGUAGAGAUGUUUUAAGAUUUGUGUGGCACAAAGACAACAACCCCAAAAAUGACAUAGUGGACUACAGAAUGUGCGUCCAUGUUUUUGGCAAUAGCCCCUCCCCUGCAGUAGCAACCUAUGGGCUAAGAAGAGCUGCACAACAAGGUGAGGAAAAAUACGGGGCAGAUGUGCGUCAGUUUGUUGAAAGAGACUUUUAUGGGGAUGAUACCUUGAAGUCUGUUCCCACUGAGCAAGGCGCCAUCAAUCUUGUCAAAAGAACCCAAGAAAUGCUAGCAGCCUCAAAUCUCCGGCUCCUCAAAAUAGCCUCCAACAAAGUUGAGGUGAUGGAUGCUUUUCCAGUGGAGGACCGUGCCAAAGAUCUCCAGGAUUUGGACCUGUUCAAGGACGACCUUCCUGAUCAGCGAAGCCUUGGCAUAAAAUGGAACAUAAUGUCAGACUAUUUCACCUUUCACAUCCCCCAUACAGACAAACCCUACACACGCAGAGGGGUCCUUUCAACAGUAAACAGUGUAUUUGACCCGCUAGGGUUUCUAUCUCCAGUCAUCAUCCAAGGACGACUCCUUUUGAGAGAACUUUCGCUGCACACUACAGAGUGGGAUUCAGCCCUGCCCAAGGACAUGAGAGGGAAAUGGAUAGAAUGGCAGCAGUCCCUACAAUGCCUCAGUAACCUCCAAAUGUCGCGCACAUACUCCAACAUCCCACUUUCUCAAGGUAAAUGUGUAGAACUGUGCAUCUUUUCGGAUGCAUCUAUGAAAGCAAUAUGUGCAGUUGCUUAUAUUAAAGUUACCGCUGCUGAUGGCACAACAGAAGUUGGCUUUGUUCUGGGUAAGGCACGGCUCACCCCCCAGCCGGAGCUUACAGUCCCCAGGCUUGAACUCUGUGCAGCAGUUAUGGCUGUGGAAAUGGCAGAAGUGAUAAGCGAUGAGAUUGACCAUCAAAUAGACAAAAUUGGCUUCUACACAGAUAGCAAGGUGAUCCUGGGCUAUAUCAACAACCAGUCAAGGCGCUUCUAUGUCUAUGUAAACAACCGUGUUAGACACAUCAGAGAGUCAACAACACCUGAGCAAUGGCACUUCGUCGCAACGGAUCAAAAUCCUGCUGAUCACGGCUCACGCGCUGUCCCAGCUUCAGAGUUGCAGAAAACGUCAUGGUUCACAGGGCCGGCCUUCCUACAGUGCUCUUCAGACAUCCAGCCAGAGCAACAUCUGUAUGAGCUACUGGAGCCAGACAGUGAUGCAGAGGUGCGCCCAGAGCUGGAGCUGCCGGCACCUCUGCUAACCCCUCUGCUGGCAGCAUGCUCAGACAUGCCUCUGCUCGUGCUGAGCACAACACGCCCACACAGCAACAAGCCUGCAAGCAAUCAAUGAUCAACGUACCUGGACUUGACGAGGGGGAGCGGGAUAAAGACCAGCGGACCCGAGGAACCUUUGCCAGAACGUCGCUAACCUUCCAGUAAGCAUCACGUCUGGCAUUCCUUUUUCCCAGUGAUUUCCUCGUCCUUGUGGUUGCUCUAUCUCUCCAUGUUUUCCUCCUGGUUCAUGCCCUUUUUGUAUUUCCACAGUGACUCCCCUGUCCUCCGUGAUCGUGCCUUGUCACUCGAUACCCAUCCGGAUUCCUGACUGCUCUCCCCGAUCCACGACCUCCCUGCUCGGGAACCAGACCACGCUGCCCUGCUCUUGCCCACGACCUAUUGCCUGUCCAUGAACUGCCUCUUCGCCUUGCCCCUUUGGAUAACGACGAAAGAUACAACCAACAUUUGCUGACAACAACUCAUGGUAACAUUUACAUUAUUAAUAUUACACAUAGUCAACACUCAUUCACUUUGAGUAGCAUACACACGCCACGUAUUCAUCAAAGGUUUAAAAUAAACCUUGAAAACCGCAGUCCUGCCCUGGUUGUCGCCUCCUUCCCUUCUCUGAUACAUAACAGUACGUUUUGGCCAACAACAUGUCGGAACCAGGCAACAACGGCAAGCCCCAGGCCCAGAUAGCCAUAUCUUCUGACCUAGCUAUCCUUAGCUCCGUUGUUAGCGAACAUCAGGUUCGGUUUACUGCCCUUGAGGAUCAUCUAGAGAGAGCCUUCACCAGACUAUAUUCCAGGCUGUACAACAUGUGCCCCGGGGCCAGUCCUGGACCGGUGGUACCUCCUCGUGCUUCUCCAGUCCUUGGACCCGAAAACAGCAUUUUUGCACGUGAGCCCAGAAUUGCCAGCCCUAAACCCUUUGAAGGGGACUUUGAACUUUGUAGAGGGUUUUUGGUUCAAUGUGACCUCAU